AUGGUGGCAGAAAUACCUUAUUCUCAUGCCCUUGUAGUAGAUGUAAGAAUAGUAAAGGAUUGGGGCCACUUGGUGAAAUUUCAUUGCAUUUGCUUGUAUGGUAUUCUUUCUACAUACACGACAUGGCGUUUUCAUGGGGAAAAGUUAGAAGUAGCUGAGAAUGUAGAAAAUGUUAAUGUAGGAGAUGUAGCUGUUGAUCCUGCUAUAGGUGAGGGUGAAAAUUUAGGAGAUGUUGUUGAGGAUGAUGGUGCUGCUGUAGUAGAUGACAAUAUUAGAAUAAAUAGUGGGGUUCAUAAUGAUGCUGGAACUAGGAAAAGGAAGAAAAAUGAAUCUGUCUAUGAGCGUGCAAAAGAACCGUUGUAUCCGUCGUGUCCUAUAGGAGUGACAUCAUUGUAUGCUUCAAUAAAGUUGAAUCACAUAAAGAAACAAUAUGGGUUUUCUGAUAAUGGUAUGACUGCAAUCUUAGAGUUGAUGAAGGAGUUGCUUCCCGAAGAGAAUACACUGCCAUCUAAGUACCCAGAAGUGAAAAAGAUGAUCCAAGAUCUAGGAAUGGAUUAUAUAACAUAUGAUUCCUGUGUAAAUGGCUGUGUUUUGUAUUGGAAGGAUCAUGCAUCGCUGGUGAAGUGUCAUGUUUGUCAAGAAUCUAAGUAUAAGAAGGUUUUUAAUGAUGAGAGGAAGCUUACUACUGUAGCUCAGAAGACGAUUAGACAUUUUUCGUUGAUUACAAGGCUGAAAAGGUUUUACAGCGAACCAUGGAUCGCGGAGGAAAUGACUUGGCAUUCUAGAGAAAAGUCGGAUAUAAACGUCAUGCGUCAUCCCGUCGAUUCUUCAGCUUGGCGAUGUGCAGAUAGUUUUUCGCCAGAGUUUGCCAAGGAACAAGGAAUGUUACACUUGGGAUAUCAACUGACCGUUUCAAUCCGAAUGGGCCCAAAAGCACCCCGUAAAAACUUUGAUGUUUAUUUAGAAAUACUGGUAGAUGAGUUGAAGAAGUUAUGGGAUAGCGUACUAGCAUUUGAUGCUUUCAGCAAAACUGAAUUUUUGAUGAGAGCUCGGUUGUUGUGGGCUAUUCACGAUUUUCCAGCGUUAGGGACUUUAGCGGGAUGUGUAACUCAUGGAUAUUGUGCUUGUCCUACUUGUGGAGAAGGCACUGUUGCGGAUUAUCUGCCAUUUACUAAGAAGAUCUGCUACAGGGGACACCGAAGAUGGCUACCAUCGAAGCAUAAGUAUCGUGAUGAUAGGACAAAUUUCGAUGGACGUGUGGAGCAUGGUACAGCUCCAUGUCCACUAAAAGGGAUGCAGAUACAAGAGAUUGUAGGUAAUCUCAGUUCCAAGAAGGGCAGAGAAAGCAACCAUCACAAGCAAGUCUCAAACGUAAAAGGAAAGCUGAUACCAUCAAGGAACUUGAAGAUGACACCGAUGUUGAAGAUGAGGUUAAUGACCAUUCUAUGUUCACCCGAAGAUCUAUUCUCUUUGAUUUUCCCAUUGGGGUUCAAAUGCGAUUCACCAUAUUAUAGAUGUCAUGCACAUAGAGAAGAAUAUAAUGGAGCAUCUUCUGAAUACUAUGAUGGGAAACAACAAGUCAAAAGAUAG